CGCCGACAGGACCGUGACCCUGAUGUGGAGCGCCGUCAGCCGGGCGGUGGAGAGCCUCAUGGAGAGGCUGGGGGCCGAGCUCGAUGUCGGAAGGACCCCGGAGAGAGAGCGUACUGCGCAGACCACCGAGACGGCGGUGACGGUAGGCCGGCGCCCGGAGGAGCCGGGCGCCGGUCGGGUGACUUCGCCCGCCGUGGCUGGAGCCGUCCGGCCGCUCCCGGUGCCCGACAGUCCGCCUCACCGGAGGAAGAAGCGGGUGAAGCCGGGCACCCAGAGCUCUCACCGAGUCGGUUCCCCACACAAGCAGCCAGGGGCGGCCCUGUCCGAGGACGAGCUGGACGCCUACCACGAACUCUUCCUGCUGCUGUCCGAGCCCCCGGACCACCGCGCCAUCAGCGCCCGCAGCCUGUGCUCCGCGCUGCGAACGCCGCUUCCUGCCGGCCCGCUCCGCCAGCUGCUGCGGCAGAUGGACUCGGACGCGGACGGCGCGGUGGGCUUUACCGACUUCGUGCGCUUCGCCGGCGAUGCAAGUCUGUACCUGGGCUACGUGGCCCAGCUGUCCGGCGCCAUCAGCUCCCGCACGGGCGACCCGGCGCUGCUCUACAGGGUACUGUCCGAGGUGCUACGCCUCGGGCGCCUCUCCACGCAGUCCGCCGGCCACAUCGUCCGCUAUUACCACCGCCGCAUGAGGGCAGGAUUCGGGCCCGAGGGGAGGAGAGGAGACGCGGCUUCUCCCAAGUUCAUGGGGGUGAGUUCGCAGCGACUGGCGCUGUACCUCGACGCCCGAGGGCCGAGCGACGGCUCCGCCGAUGGACCCCUCACCCAGGAGCAGGUUAGCGCCUUCCGGGAGUUUUACGAACUCUUCGAUAGGAAUUGCCGGGACAACAUCGACAGCGUCUCCAUUCUCGGCAUCACCAGUGCACUGCGCCUCCGUUCCGGAAAUGCCUUGGUCCCCAGCCCGCUGCAGUUCUUGGCUGCGAGCGAUGGCGAGGAGGUGAGUUUCCCCGAUUUCUUGCGCCUCCUGACCAGCGCGGAGACGUUCCAGCGGUUCCUCGGGCAGGAAAAGGAGGAGGGAGGCGCCGUCUGCGAGCAGCCGCGACCCUGGGAGGCGCUGAGCCCGGACGCGCUAUUCUUCAACGCCGUCGCCAACAUCGUGCGGGGACCCUGGCUCAGCGCCAAGGCAGCGGACACCCUCGUCAGAUACUACCACCGGAUGUUCAGGGAGGCCGUGUGCCAGCCCCGCGACCUGUCGAGGGCAGAGCCGGCCGCCGCCCGGUCCCGGAGCCGGCCGUCGGGCCACGACAGCCCGACGGCCCCGAGCUCGGAGACGAGGAGCAGGAGGAGGAGGAGGAGGCGGUCGAGGCAGGGUAGGCUGCAGGCUUACGAGCACGAGUUCCGCAAGGCACUGCGGAACCCCAUCUUUGUCCUCGUCUUCAACGAGUACUCGUGGACCUUGAAGAGAGAGCAAAGGGAACGGGGCAGAAGGCUGGACGGGCCGAAGAAGAGAACCCCCACGGGGAAGUGA